CAGUCGAGUCCCGGCUUCAGGUCGCGUCGGCGCUUCAGUUCACAGGCUGGUGCCGUGACGCGCGGUUGGCCUGCGCGGUGCUGCGGAGUGCGCGUUUUCUCGUCGAGAGAAUCAGAGUAAGAGAAAAAGAUAGAUCGCGGGAGAGAAAGAGAGAGAGAGAGAGAGAGAGAACCUGCUGAAGACUUUGAUCGCCUGAUGUAACCGGCGAACGCAGAGCGAAGAAUAGUGAUUAACAGUUCGCGCGAUUAGAAUAGUUGUUCCACCUUGAACUCGCUCGUGCCCAAUCCGUGCUCCGAUUCUUUGCUGCCGACGGGGACCAGUUUUCUCCGCGUCACUCGCGGCAGGAACAAGUUCGUACUAUCGUCCCGGUGAGUUCGAUAAAACAAAUCGGUCGCGAUCAGUGAAUAGUGCGGGUGCCGUCUCUCUCUCUCGCUAAGAGGUCGAGACCGAAAAUCGGAGCGCAACUUUCGGGAGUAACUUUGCGACGACGAAAGUCAACGGGGUCGCGCACCAAUGACGCGCGGAUAAACAGAUCGAGAGGCACGAGUGGCUGUCUAAGUCAUCGACUUCGACCGCCGCCGAGAGUUAUCGGCUCCAGUUAUAGGAGGACGUAAUCGAGGAGCUCGUAAAGUGAGUGAGUGACAGUGACGGAAGUGUGUGAUCGCAAGGGCGGCGGAGGAUAGGAGGGAAGUUCUUAACUACGGGGGUGUAUAGCGUGCGCGCGCGCGCGCAAGAGAGAGAGAGGAGGAGGAGGAGAGGAUCACUGUUUCCCGAGAGUCGAGACGUCGCUCGUCAAAAUCGGAGCGGAUCCUGAGAUAUCCCGCCGUCGACAUUUCUGAGUGAUGUUUUGAGCCCGUACCGCGCGCGCGCUCUCGGAAAGAUGAAGACUGCGGUCGGCUGCACCUCGCUCCUCCUGCUCACUCUCGCCGUCAGCGGCGUCGUCUCCGUCGAGUGGAAGCACAGCGCUGUGCUGGACAAUAAUUUCUUAGUGCUGUGGACGCCCGGCGAGAGGGACGUUACGUUCGAGAUCCAAGUGAAGACCCUCGGCUAUGUCGGACUCGGUUUCACCAAGGCGCCCGAGUCCGGUCGCGCCGGAGCUGACAUGGUCAUCGGCUGGGUCGAUAACAACGGCCAGGUCCAUCUUCAGGACCGGCACGUGAAGGACGCCAGCAGAGACCCGCAGAUGGAUGCGAGCCAGGACUACCGGCUGUUACUGGGUUACGAGAACAAGACGCACACGGUCCUUCGUUUCAGCAGACGAUACGACACAUGCGACUCGCGGGACCUGAAGAUCACGAACGACACGAUGCAAGUAGUUUGGCAAUAUCACGUCGAGGAGCCGGUAUCGGCGGCCGGGAUCUUGCCCGAUCACGGCGCGGUGCGAGGAACGAGACCAUUGUAUCUGGUGCAGAGAGACGCGCAGCCGAGGCGGAACUCACGUAAUCCAGAAACGGAGAAGCCGCUGAAAAUUUGGGAUAUCCUGAACAAGCAGGUUCGUUUACCCAUGGGGCAAGACACGCUGCUCUGGUGCCGUGUCCUGAAGAUGCCGAGCAUUGAUCGCAAACACCACGUCGUGAAGUACGAACCAGUUAUUCAGCCGGGAAGCCAUCAGUAUCUACACCACAUGACCCUGUACGAGUGUCGCGGAAAUCAAACCCAAUUGGAAGCCGCGGCCCAAACGAACGGGGAUGUCUGUAACGCUCCUGAUAAACCGGCAUACCAGUGCAACACGAUCGCGGCCACUUGGAGUCUCGGUUCUGAGGGCUUUAAUUAUCCGCCGGAGGCCGGAUACCCGCUCAAUCCGUCCAACGGGCCCCACUACUACAUGCUGGAGACGCACUACACGAACCCGCAGCUGGACGCCUUCAUCAGCGACAGCAGCGGCCUGCGUCUCCUCUACACCGAGCAAGUGCGCGUCCAUGACGCCGGCAUACUCAGCGUCGGCAUCGACCCCAACUGGCGGCACAUCAUACCGCCCGGCCAGCACGAGGUGGUCUCCGAGGGCCACUGCAUCUCCGACUGCACCGGCCAGACGAUACCGAAUACCGGCAUCAACAUGUUCGCCGUGAUCAUGCACACCCACCAGCUCGGCAGGAAGGUGCGCCUGCGGCAGAUCCGCGCCGGCGAUGAGCUGCCGCCGAUCGCCGCCGACGUCAACUACAAUCCCAAUUAUCAGGAAUAUCGGAGGCUACAGCGGCCGAUCAAGGUGUACCCGGGUGAUCACUUAGUCGCCGAAUGCACGUACUCGUCCGAAACCCGGGGGGCCAUCACGCUCGGCGGCUUGGGGACGAGAGAAGAAACUUGCCUGGUGUCCGCUCUCUAUUAUCCGCGCAUUGAGCUGUCUCUCUGUUAUUCUCUGCCGUCGCUGCCGACCGUGCUGCACAGCUUGGGGAUCCAGAAAUUAAAGCAGGGUUCCAGCCCGGUGAUGAUCGAGGAGCCGAGGAAGCUGGCGGGCAUGACGCUGGAGGAGCGACUACUGGGCUAUGACUGGGUGUCCAACUUCCAGAGCUUCCAGGAGGUCACCCGCAGCGGCACGUUCAAGCCGCUCUGCGGCAACGGCAAGGGCGCCCUGCCCGGCACGGACAACCUCGAGGUGCACUACCCGCGCAUCCUCAGGCCGUACGAGGAGACGAGCGCGCCCUGCGCCAAGAAGCCGUUGCGCAACAAGCUGUCGAUGCUGCUGGACGAGGACGGCGACAUCGGCGCGCCGGUCGACCCCGACAGCGACGAGGCCAACGCGGUCGAGCGGGGUCAGCUGGUGCGCAGCAAGGUGUCCCGCAGCAGCGACGCCGGUCCGAUGGCCGGUAGCUCGUCCGGCCUCGCGGUCUCGACGGCGAUGAUCCUCGCCGCGGCGACGGUCGUCGCGGGCGCCGCGUUCAGGUGAACGUCGUGGCCGCGCUGCCGGUCGAGUUCACUCGGAUCCAGGAUCAGCCCUGACGAAGUUAUCCAUCGCGAUCGAACGAAGCAACGGCGAAGCGAGCAGCGCCGACGGCCGGAGCGUACACGCCGCAUGCGCGCGCGAGCGCGAGCGUGCGCGCGUACGUUCGCGUAAGUACAUGCCAAUCUCAGCGACGCGACAAAACUUAGACUUAGGAUAGGUGUUAUCGUCGUUCUGCGAGCCGAGCGGCUAGGACACGCUCUUUCUCGGGCCGGAAAGUGGACAAGCUCUCGUUUCAGUGGGCGCGCUGUCUUCGCCGACUCGUUCGUUCGUUCGUUCGUUCGUUCGUUCGUUCGUUCGUUCGUUCGUUCGUUCGUUCGUUCUUCGGCGAAGAUGGGAUUUACGAUUUUUGCGACGUUCCCUUGGCUCUUCGUAGUUAUCCGGUCGAUGGGGCGUUUGUCGGCGCGACGACCAAGUCGGGCCGGAUCGUAAACGAUCGAGACGUGUGCGCGCGCGCGCUGACAACGACAGCGGACACGUUGAUUUUGUCGAGCUGACGUGAGCACUGCUCGCCGGACAUCUCGCGCGGAAUCGACGUUACGGCACCGCGUUCUCACUUGAGACUCGUCACACGAGUCUUCGAGGUUGGACUCUGACGUCGAGUGAGCGUCUCGAGCACGGAGCUCUCCGCUGCGACACGCGAGGAGGUCCGCCAGCCUUCGGCUGGGAAUGUCGAGUUUCCGCGAAUGGGAGAAAGGACGAUUGCAAUCACCAUUCGAUCGGGAGGGUGUAGGUGAGACCUAUAUGCAUACAUAUAUCAUAGAGGACGUAGUGGAAAUUACCGGAUCCACGUUAUCUCGACUUAUAGAUGUUGAAAUAAAACUAUGGUAAUUUUACGGCGGCGUCGUCGUCGAGAGACGAGAGGCAUCCCUCGCUCUCUCAUUCAUCGCCGUGCACGGUGCUCGGUUUCAUCGGCAACAGAAACGUUAAUUCUCUCCUUUCCAACGUAGCUUUACGGUCAUGGUGUUAUAUGGACAGUGUCUAAAUGAGGAGUCGAACGCGGUGAAAGGGGGAUCAUAAGUAGGGGCGGAAAACGCGCGAUCGAACGCAUUUGUUGAUGAUUUCAUCGAGUUAGAGUCGUUUCUCCAAGUAGAGCUGUCGCUUCUGUGAUAUUUGACGUCUUGAUUUAAGAGAAAGGCCGUAACUGCCGUAUCCGUUCUCUCUCUCGUAUAUCGCGCGAAACGGACGACUCUAUAUACGUACACACGCUGUAGCCGCUAUUUCUACGGGAACAUCUAUGAGGUACCAAACGAAUGUGUACAGAGAACACUUCUCCCGCGUCCCGUUCCGGGCAAGUUUAUUCCGACAUUUUUAUUUCCGGCUCUUACGGGGCUCUUUCCAGAGCUUUUUUAAAGUCUUCAAUUUUCCGCUCUGCAGAUAAUUUUAACUUUCCAACACACACGCGAUUUUGGUCUGUCGCCGCAAUGACACUAUUGAAACGCGCAUCCCGGCAUUUGAAAAUCAUUCGGGAAAGCUCGACAGAGGGGGAGCGAGAGAGAGAGAGAGAGAGAGAGAGAGA